UUAACAUAUUUGCCAUUUUAGGGUUAAUUGACAAUUAUGUGUAUAAAAGCUUUAAUUUUAUUUAAAUGCUAAUCAUUAUAGAAAAUAGCUUCAAACUCUUUAAUACUUUUAUCUUAAAUUUAACUUAAAAUGAAAAUUUUAUCGACUAUUGUUUUUGCCUUUUUCUUCGUUUGCGCUGUUCAAGCACAAAGAGGUUUCCCCGGCAAUCGUCGUCCUCUAGGACCUAUUCAUGGUGGACCUAUUCAUGGUGGACCUUUUCAGAGUGGACCUAUUCAGAGUGGACCUAUUCAGAGUGGACCUAUUCAGACUGGUGGUGGCCCUAAAUCAGAUUGUGCCACCUUUUGUCCCUUGAACUAUCAACCUACCUGUGGUUUUAAUGGUCGCUGCUAUAAGGAAUUCAGUAAUACUUGUGCUUUGAAUGCGGCUACCUGUUUGGGUGAAGGAAAUUUCAGACAAGUUAACAUUCAAGAAUGCUCUAAGCGGGGGGCACGCACUUGUUAAUGUAAAAAUAAUUCUAGAAAUAUUUUAAAUUUUGUUUUGAUAUAAUUUAUACAUAUUUAAUAUAAUAAAUUAGCAUUUAAAAUUUUAAAUAAAAAAUAUGAGUUUAGCAUAAUUUAAACAAAAACAAAUAAUUUAUUAAAAACUAUCGCAAAAUAUAGAACGCAAAAACAGAAGCUGCUGCGGGUAAAUCCAGAUUAAAGCUAA